AUGAAUGGCUGCACAUCAAAUUCAACUGCUGCUAUUCGGCUCUCAGCGAGGGACGACAUCCGUGUUUCAACAGUCCGAGCGUUUGUGAAUCCUUUCGUCAUGAUCAGCCAAGUUGCUUUCAUCUUUGCUACGGUUGCGCUGUGGGACCAGGGCCUUGCUGCUCGACACCUGGGCGACAUUGCCGCGCAUGGUCAUCUCCAAACAGAACCACCAACCCCAAAUGAUGGAUCUGAAGAGAUCCAGGAGGCAGGUGAGGAGGAGGUGGACGACUUGCCAACAGUGGAAGAUGUGGCCCAGAAGACGGAGCCUGAGAUACCAAAGGUUGAAGAUGUUGAAGAACCUGAGCCUGAGACUCUUGAGACUCCUGAGACUCCUGAGGAAGAGGAGGAGGUGGUGGUGCAUCAGUGCAUUGGAAAACCUGCGGCACCAGGGAUGGAUGCAAAUAUGUCAAGAAGGCUGAUGCUGCAAGUUGCGGAGUCGCGGCUUGGGGUUGCUAUGAUGCGACGACACUCACUUGCUAGAAACAUGGGCUUGAGGCCUGAGUGUCGCAUGCCGGAUUUGUUUGCACACUUUGAUGCACAUAGGAAGGACUUCGAAAAUGUCGGCAGCACUCUGGUGGGUGCCCUGCCACCACGUGCGUCCUCUUCCUUGGAGACCAGCGGUGGCUCGACACAGGCCGAGCACCGCUGGCGUUCACCGCCGGUGGCGUUCACCGCUGGCCGCCGCGAAGCGGAAGGCAUGGUCUUCCGCCAGAACUCGGUGAGUGGCGGCGAUGCACGGGAGGUCUUCAGGCACCUCCUUGGCUCGAUGGCCAACAGGCUGCUCUUUGCAGCCAUGGGGAUUUCCGGGUGGGAAGGUAGGCCGGGGCCCUUCGGAGCAAUGCCAUUCAAUCCCGCAGCGCUCCGUAAGACUGGAUAUGCCAAUUUUAUGCCUCCUCCAUCCAUGAUGUUUAUCUUUGUGGCUUGUGCGAGCUCCAUGAGAACCGCUCCACCAUGGGGCUUAGCACGUUUCGUGCUCUCCGAGCGCUUCCGCUGCUUCAAUUUGGUCUUCUGGCCUUGGAUGGUCUUCCACACCGCAUGCUUCGCGGCGACUGGAGCUGCCCGGAGCGCAGGGCCUGGAGAGCAAGUCCGAGGUUGGGUUCAGGACUUCAUCAUCAAGAAGAACUUCUGCCCUUGGGCUGCGCAAUCCAUGGCCUCCGAGCGGCUACGCUUUGUGGACAGUACAGCUGAGAGUACUUGGGAAGCCAAGGAGGAGCUGGAGAAGGAGGUGGAGCACCUGUCACGUUCCAAGUUGCCGCUGAGCUCCAGCGUGGUGGUCUUCGGGAGCGUUGAAGCCUGGAAGGACUUUGAUGUCUUCGAUGCCUAUGUGAAGGCAUUGGACCGCGGCCGUUGGCCCUGCGGCACGCGCCACGGGCGUCGCCUACCUCCGGUCGGCGGUGCGGGCGAGGUCGCGCACGUGGAGAGGUCGGCGCCUGGAUUUGAUCGGUGCCGCCUGGUAGCAUUUCAUCCUGACUUUGCUCGCUGGCUUCUUCCAAAGAGAGGAAAUGGCAGCCUUGUACAUAUCGACUUCCUACAAAAGCGGGUCUUCAGUGACCCUUAUUUUUCAGGUGAGCCUGCAGUGAUCCUGGACCCCGCACCAGAGGAGAUUGAGGUCGGCCCCCGGCAGCUUUGCGCGCAGCUGCUGGGCGGCAGUGGCCCAUGUGCCUGGGACCUUGACUGUGUGCUGCCCGAGGAGGACUUCGAGCUGCUCCCGGACAACGCGCUGCACCAGGCGCCCUGUGCGGCCAUCCACCUGAUCCGCCAGGUGGAUCUUUCUGGCAGCAGCAUCAUCAUCGUUUGGCUGGGCACGCACGGGCCUGCACACCAUCGAGAACGCCAGGGCAGUCUGGGCCACGCGG